AUGGUGGACAUUCAGAUGGAGCGUGUGUACUUAAAACAGCCGACUAUUUUUCAAAACAAGAAGAGGGUCCUGCUGGGAGAAACUGGCAAGGAGAAGCGCCUACGGUACUACAAGAACAUCAGUCUGGGCUUCAAGACAUCCAGAGAGGUUACUGAGGGCCCCUACAUUGAUAAGAAAUGCCCCUUCACAGUUAAUGUCUCCAGUGGAGGGCGGAUCCUCUCUGGCGUGGUGACAAAGAUGAAGAUGCAGAGGAUAAUCAUCAUCCGCCAAGACUACCUCCACUACAUCCACAAGUACAGCUGCUUUGAGAAGCACCACAAGAACAUGUCCAUACACCUGUCCCCGUGCUUCAGGGAUGUCCAGAUCAGUGACAUCGUGACAGUGGGUGAGUGCCAGCUUCUGGAGAAAGCAGUCAAUUACCAGUAA